GAUAUAUAAAUAGCAGAUAUAAGUAUAUAAAGUUGAUCAUUCCUUCUGAAAUAUGUCAAAUUAUCUUGCUUCAAUAAUAAUUUUUCGCCAUUCACGAUUUACGGAUAAGUAUUGAGUGCAUGUGUAAUUUCAAAAUGUCAAAAAGUCUUUUGAGGCGUUGUACGUCGAAGAACAUGCCUAAAACUUUGAUAGUACACAAAUAUUUGAAGUAGAUCUACCCUUCGGAUUAAGAAUCUUAAUAUAGCUGUUCGAGAUUUUCCGCGGGACUGUCAGGUAUAUAAACCGUACUGCGUAAACUCUAUUAAGCAGAACAUUACUGGACUGUUUCUUUACAAAAGGAAAGCAGAAAGCAGGAAAAUGAAAUUUACUCUUCUUCUAAUAACACUGAGUAUUGUAUUCGCUGGGGUUUUAGCCAGACCCCGUCAAAAAGAAACGGACGGGAGUAAAGACCGGGGAGGAGAUAGAGGCAUGGAGAGUGAAAGAAGCAGAAGCACGGAUAUGGAAGGGGACAGCAGUAACAGAAGCAUAAGCAAAGAUAGCAGCGAUAGGAGCCGAGAUCAAAUUGGUAGAAGAGGCCAAGUUCAUGGUAGAGGAGGUCAAGAUACAAGGAGAAGAAAUGACGAAGAGAGAAGUAGUGAAAUGUCCAGUGAAGAAAGAAAAAUACCUUCAGCUGAAAACCCCGCCGACAGAAAGAAAUUGGUUGAAAAGACUAAAACUAUACAUGCUGACAGAAUCAUACAAAAUGAAAGAAUACAUGCUGACAGAAGCAGAUCAACUGAAAGAGCAUCUACUGCUGAUAGAAACAGACCAGUGAAAGAAACACCUGCUGAUAGAAAAAGACCAGUUAAAGGAGUACCUGCAGACAGAAACAAACCAAAUAAAGGAACAUCUGCUGACAGAAACGGACCGGCAGAGGGAACAUCUGCUGACAGAAACGGACCAACUGAAGGCACACCUGCUGACAGAAAAACUGAGGGACCGAAACGGACCGACCGAGGGAACACCUGCUGA